AUACAUCACACGCACUACCACACCAUCAGAUCCACGCAUAACAACUUCUCAAAAUGGACCGCCGCCGCCACAGAGAACCCAUCCCCAACCUCACCGACGCUUCCUUGUCACUGGCAAAGCACGUCAUCACCGCCCACGCCGGAGACGCCAACGUCGUAAUCUCACCGCUGUCGAUUCAGGUUUCGCUGGGCAUGAUCGCGGCCGGGUCGAACGGCCCGACCCGAGACCAGCUGCUGGGCUUUCUCAAGUCCAAGUCCAUCGAAGAACUCAACUCGCUCUCGUCGAGGCUCGUGACUCACGUGUUCGCCGAGGGAAGAAACCCUCUAAUUGGCGGGCCCCGUUUUUCCUUAGCCAGCGGCGUUUGGAUCGACCACAGUCUCACCUUCAAACCCUCUUACGAAGGAAUUAUUACUCAGAAUGCUUACAUGGCUGCUGCUAACCGUGUUGAUUUUCGAACCAAGGCUGUUGAGGUAACAAAAGAAGUGAACGCAUGGGCCGAAGAGAAAACGAAUGGCCUCAUCAAAGAAAUACUCUCACCCGGUUCGAUCAAUGCCGACACGGCGCUUAUCUUCGCAAAUGCAGUGUAUUUUAAAGGAGAUUGGGUAGACGAAUUUAAAGAAUAUAUGAAUAGAGAUUGCAAGUUUUUCCUCAACAACGGAACCUCAGUUCAAGUACCUUUCAUGACAAGCUACGAGAAGCAAUACGUUCGUGCAUUCGAUGGUUUCAAAGUUUUGAGGCGACCGUAUAGACAAGGUCGAGAUCGCAAGCGCAGUUUCUCGAUGUAUUUCUUUCUUCCGGAUGCCAAAGACGGACUGCCCGAUCUGCUCGAUAGGGUCGCCUCUGAAUCGGGAUUCAUCGAAAGCCACACCCCUAACCGCCCGGUUCUGGUUGGCGAAUUCCGGAUCCCGAAAUUUAAAAUCAAUUUUCAAUUCGAGGCUAUGAAUGUCAUCAAGGAACUGGGGGUGGUGCUUCCCUUUUACCCUGGUGGUUUGACCGAGAUGGUUGACUCGGCUAUUGAUGGGGAGAGUCUCUAUGUUUCCGGAAUCUUCCAGAAGGCGUUUAUCGAAGUCAAUGAGAAAGGCACUGAAGCUGCAGCUGUUUCGAAUAUCUUGGUUGGUGGUGGUGGUGAUUUUGGUAGGAAGAAGAGAUUGGAUUUUGUUGCUGAUCAUCCUUUCCUAUUUGCUAUAAGAGAAGAUAAGACUGGUGUGGUGGUCUUCUUCGGACAGCUAAUUAAUCCGAUUGCUUAUUAAAACAUGUGUUUGUUUUGUUUUUGUGACUUCUUUAAUUUAACAUAGUUUUUGUAUGUAGGAACUUUUGGUGGUUGACUUGAUUUCUCAAAUAGGUACUUUUUGUUAUUAUGAUGAAUUUGGACAGCUGGUAAUGAAUUUUCUAGUGGUUUUGUUG